AUGAAAUUGUUUCCAAUUGAAGAAGAAUUCAAAAAGAAUCCUGAUUUAAAUCCAGAUGAACUUAAAAAAUUAAUGGAAUGGAUAAAUCAACAACCUCAUUUACCGGAAAUUGCAGAUUUAGAAGCAAGUUUAUUUUUACAUUCAUGUUAUUAUAGCAUAGAAUUAGCUAAACAAACAAUUGAUACUUUUGUUACGAUGCGAACUCAUGUUCCGGAAUUUUUCCACAGACUAGAUUUAAGUAGCGAUGAGAUGAAACUAGCGAUGAAUAAUUCAACAAUAUUUCCAAUUGAAAAAUCUACACCAGAAGGUUAUAAAAUUUAUAUUGGUAGAUUAGCUAAUUUUGACGCUAGAAACUUUAAUUUUGCAUCAGGUAUUAAAUUAUUUUCUAUGAUAUUUGAUUUAACAUUACGUGAAGGUGGUAGUGCUCCAGGACAUAUAAUAAUAUUAGAUUUAACUGGCGUAAGUUUAGGUCAUGUUGCUAGAUUGGGCCCACUAACAAUGAAGAAAUUUUUAUAUUUCUUACAAGAUGCGGCACCAAUACGAAUUGUUGGAUUUCAUUUUAUUAAUAUUGUACCAUUUUCCGACAAAAUUUUAGCAUUAAUGCGUCCAUUUAUGAAAAAAGAACUUUCUGAAAUAUUGCAUUUUCAUGAAAAUAUGGAAUCUUUAAAAAAAUUCAUACCAUUAGAAAUAUUACCAAAGGAAUAUGGGGGUUUAGAGGGAAAUGGAAAUGAGUUAUGUGGUAAUUAUAAUAAUUUCAAUUUAUUUUUUCUUUUUUUAAAUAUACAAUUAACAAAAUAUCGUGCCAUUUUUUACAUUAUUUUAGAAAAUAUAUAUAAACAUUGUAUUGAAAAUCAAGAUUUUUUUACUGAAUUAGAAACUCGAAAGGUCAAUGAGAAAGCAAGACCUGGUAAACCAAAAGAUGCAUCAGUUUUAUUUGGAAUUGAGGGUAAUUUCAAAAAAUUAGAUAUUGAUUAAUAUUAAUUAAUUAAUAUUUCUUUUUUUGAUUUAAUAAUUAUUUAUUUAAACUAUAAAAGUGGUAUAUUGGUUUUUAAAAGUUAUAUAAAGCUUUUUAUUUGUGAUUG